CGUUUGGUGGAGCCAAGCCAAUUACUCGUCCUUUCUCUUUGCUCUACCUCGCCUCCGCCCUUAUCCUUUCUCUAUGGUUUCAUCGCUCCUCCUCCGCCCACCUCCACCCUCGGCAGCGUUCCUGAGGCACGUUGCUACGACAAGCCCUGGGCCGCUCCUCUGGAGACCGGUAGGCGUUCCCACUCGCGGCUCCCUCCUUCGCGAGUCCAAAUGGCUGCCGUUGCUUCAGAGCGGCGAGAAGAGGAGGCGUCUCUCCAAUACCAUCACCAACUCCGUCACUGCCUGCUUUUAUAACGCCAAUGACAAGCUCAAACCCGCCUCGUCCGGUGAUGACGAGGAUUCAGAGGUGGAAUGGUCUGUCCUUCGGCGAUGGGAUGUGCCAUGGAGUUGGCAAACUGUUUCACUUACUAUGAUGGCAUGUGGAGUAAGUUUUGUUCUUACAGGGUUGGUGGAGUCAUCACUUUUGCCGUAUCUAGGCUUCCAAGACAGGGAACUGAGUUUAGAUGAGAAAGCAGAAAUACUUUUUGCUGGCCAAUUUUCUGUAACAGCAGUUGUGCUGGGAGUGAUCUAUGGCAUCACCAACACCUUUCAGCCACUUCCAGAUGAUGUGUUUCGCUAUGAUUUGAAGGAACCAUUUGAUCUACGGGAUGGUUGGCUUCUUUGGGCAGGAGUUGGUCUCCUGGGUGCAUUAAUUGCUAUUGCACUAACAGGAUUUGCCUUGAACAUCUUUAGUGGUGAAAAUCCACAAAGAGAGACUGAUGCUUUAAUUCGAUUGUUGCCAUUGAUUGGUUCUUCAGGUAUCAGCACUGCUUGUCUACUGGGCAUUACUGGUGUUUUAGCCCCAGUUCUUGAGGAGACCAUCUUCCGUGGAUUUCUCAUGGUGUCUCUAACUAAAUACUUGUCAACACCAAUUUCUGUGAUUAUAAGUGCAGCCAUAUUCGCAAUUGCUCAUCUCACUCCUGGAGAAUUUCCACAGCUGUUUGUCCUAGGGACUGCUUUAGGAUUUUCAUAUGCUCAAACUCAUAAUCUUCUAACACCAAUCACCAUACAUGCACUCUGGAACUCGGGGGUGAUUUUAUUGCUCACCUUUCUUCAGGUUCAAGGAUACGAUAUCAGGGAGCUUCUACAAGCAUCUUGAAGCGGUCUCUGGAGUACUGGGAGUGUGUAGCUACUUUGUUCAUCUGGACCUAUUUAUUUUAUUUCCUUCUUGGCCUGCUCUUGUAUAGCAAGUGGAAGCAAAGGUAUUUGGUGAUCACUACUUGUGCGUGUACCUUUGCUGAACACUUGACAUCCUGCUUAAUAUCUUAUUCAUGCUGGUGGUUUUAGAAG